AUGGGUGCGGGUGCUAUAGUUGAACCUGCUAGUCGACUAGGAUAUAUACAAGAAUAUAGAUUAUCAGUUUAUUCACUCUAUGCUGCUGUAUCUGUUGGUUCACAAACUAAUGAUAUUAUUGAAACUUUACAAAAACUUAGUAGUACAGCAAUAUCUAAUAUGAUCAUUGAAUUUAUUAAUUUAUGUACAUUAAAUUAUGGAAAAGCAACUUAG